UUCAGUCGUCUCUCUCUUUUUCUACCGAAAACGGUAACAGCAGCAGGCACUUUUCAGCAGCUGCUCCGUGCGUGCGUGUGUGUGUGCGAUCCGAACCGAUCUGUUCCGUUACGUUCCGUUACCGCUGCCGUUGCGUACCGCUACCGUUGUCCUCCGCAGGAUAACCGCAACUCCUUCGUGCUCCACUCGCUUGUUCCCCCAAUUGCUAGCCAAGUCCACGCCAAGCCGGAAGAAUGUCAUCCGCCGCAAAGAAACGCGACGCGCAGAAGAAGAAGGAUGCGCGCAACAAGAAGAUCCAACAGAUACCCUCCACGAAGAAGGCCAAUGGUGCUCCGGAACGCGAACUGACCGAGGAGGAGAAGCUGUGCGCCAAGCUCGAGGAGGAGGCCCGGAUCAGUGCGGAGGCCCGAUCCUGCACCGGAUCGCUGGCAGUGCAUCCGCGAUCCCGUGACGUCAAGAUCGCCAACUUCUCGAUCACGUUCUUUGGCUCCGAGCUGCUGCAGGACACCAUGCUGGAGUUGAACUGCGGACGUCGCUACGGUCUGAUUGGCCUCAACGGAUGCGGCAAGUCCUCGCUGCUGGCAUGUCUCGGAGGCAGGGAGGUGCCCGUACCGCCGCACAUCGACAUCUUCCAUUUGACGCGCGAAAUUCCGGCCAGCUCGAAGAGUGCGCUGCAGUGCGUCAUGGAGGUGGACGAGGAGCGCAUCAAGCUGGAGAAACUGGCCGAAGAGCUGGCCAUGAGCGAGGAGGACGAUGCCCAGGAGCAGCUGAUCGACAUCUAUGAGCGGCUCGACGAUAUGUCUGCCGAUCUGGCGGAGGUCAAGGCGGCCCGCAUCCUUCACGGUCUCGGCUUCGACAAGGCCAUGCAACAGAAACAGGCCAAGGACUUCUCUGGUGGUUGGCGUAUGCGUAUCGCCCUGGCCCGCGCUCUGUUUGUGAAGCCCCAUCUGCUGCUGCUGGACGAGCCGACGAAUCACUUGGAUCUGGACGCCUGUGUGUGGCUGGAGGAGGAGCUGAAGACAUACAAGCGCAUCCUGGUGCUCAUCUCGCAUUCGCAGGAUUUCCUCAACGGUGUCUGCACGAACAUCAUCCACCUAACGGGCAAGCGGCUCAAGUACUACACGGGUAACUAUGAGGCUUUUGUGCGCACACGCAUGGAACUGCUGGAGAACCAGAUGAAGCAGUACAACUGGGAGCAGGACCAGAUAUCGCACAUGAAGAACUACAUUGCUCGCUUCGGUCACGGUUCCGCCAAGUUGGCGCGACAGGCGCAGUCCAAGGAGAAGACGCUGGCUAAGAUGGUGGCCCAGGGUCUCACCGAGAAGGUGUCCGAUGACAAGGUGCUCAACUUCUAUUUCCCAUCGUGCGGCAAGGUGCCGCCACCCGUGAUCAUGGUGCAGAACGUUAAUUUCCGUUACAACGAUGAAACACCUUGGAUCUACAAGAAUCUGGAGUUCGGUAUCGAUCUGGACACACGUCUCGCCUUGGUGGGACCCAACGGAGCCGGCAAGUCCACGCUGCUGAAGCUGCUUUAUGGCGAUCUGGUGCCCACCUCCGGCAUGAUCCGCAAGAACUCGCAUCUGCGCAUCGCUCGCUACCACCAGCAUCUGCACGAGCUGCUCGAUUUGGACGCCAGUCCGUUGGAGUACAUGAUGCGCGCCUUCCCGGACGUCAAGGAGAAGGAGGAGAUGCGCAAGAUCAUUGGUCGCUACGGACUGACAGGUCGCCAGCAGGUCUGUCCGAUCCGUCAGCUGUCCGAUGGCCAGCGGUGUCGCGUGGUGUUCGCCUGGCUGGCCUGGCAGGUGCCGCACCUGCUGCUGCUUGACGAACCUACCAAUCACUUGGACAUGGAGACCAUUGACGCGCUCGCCGAUGCGAUCAACGAUUUCGACGGAGGCAUGGUGCUAGUUAGUCACGAUUUCCGUCUGAUCAACCAGGUGGCUGAGGAGAUUUGGGUGUGCGAGAAGGAGACGGUGACCAAGUGGAAGGGCGGCAUUCUGGACUACAAGGAUCAUCUCAAGAACAAGAUCACCUCCGAGAACGAGAAGAAGGCCAAGGCGGGAAAGUAGAUGCUAUCUAGUGGAUAGUUGCCAACUCCCACACACCCGCACACACACAGUCGCGCACCCACUACCCCCAAACACCCAAAACACCCCACAAACCAUCCACACAAGGACAUUCAGACCACUAUAUCCUUCCUCUUCAAUAGGCGGCGGGUGAUAUCCGGAUUUUGGGCUGCCCGCACGCUCGUCGUAAUUCAUUCUGUGCGAAAUUAGUCUUGAGUUUACACUACGCUAUAGUCAAGUCAUGUAAACAGCAAUUCGAUCGGCAAACAACCGUCAACAAUAAAUCGAAAACAACCAAUCCUAAACAACCAUACAUAAUAACACACCACUACCGUUGAAAACUCAACAAGAAUACACAAAUUUUAGCUGAAUUUUUUUCAUUUUAUGUGUCGAAUUAAACUAAAUAAAAAUUAUAAAUAUAUAAAUAUAUUAAAGUGGACAACAACAACAACAACCAGGAACUACAACUUAUAAAUACAACCAACCAACUACAAAACAGCUUGUGAUCUUGCGCUUAUAUAAUUUCGUUUAAUUCUUCGCUAGGUUUCAUAUAUAAAAACAAAAACAUAUAUAUAUAAAAAUAUAUUUUAUUUUUUGUAAUUUAUUUACGCCUUAACUAUAUUUACACAUUAAACAAUUAAAACUACAAUAACAAAAGUAUGUAAUUAAAGAUCUGAUUAAGCGAGUCGAACCAAAAUGUGUGAGAAACGAUGUUAAACUGCCCUCCCAAAUCCGAACCGUGAUUUUGUUGCUCGCGGAUUAGACAAAGACAGCGUGUGCUUAGCGAUUCAAUAUUCGAUUUAAAUUAAAUGAAACAAACAAAACAAAAAUACAGGCAAUGGAAGGAUUAAUGGGUAUUACAUGAAACGUACAUGCAUAUACAUAUAUGAAAAUUUACAAAUUACAUAAACAAAAAAGAAAAAAACAAGAUAUUAUAGGUUAUUUAACAAAUUGGAAUUGUAAACUCCAGCGAAAAACAAAACGUUUUGUAUGCAAACACAAAAAACAAGAAACAUAUACAAUGCGAUAUAGAAAUCUAA